UUUAAAGAAGACGCGCUUGAACAACACGAGGAUUGCAGAGAGUUUCUUGAUGUUGUUCAGCGGACUGAUGAAUCAGCCAUGGAGAGAUCGUCACCUCCUCCGAAGAAGCCUUCAUGGACAGUGACGAGCUUUGGCAGCUGUGCGUCGUGCAGCUUGACAUUGUGUUCUUCCUCAGGUCCUCAGCUCUUACCGUGCCUGCAUGCAGUGUGCAAAGACUGCAUUUCCCCGUCGAGUGAAGAAUGUCCUUCUUGUGAGGAGAAAUACGAACUCGAAGAGAUCAUCAGUAACUUUCACUUUGAUGAGCUCUCCACAAACCCCAAAGAAAGCAUUAAGUGUCAGGGCUGUGAGGACCCUUCAGUGACAGGCUGGUGUGUUGAUUGUCAGGAGAAUUUGUGCACUGGAUGUGUGGCAGCUCACAAAAGAGUCAAAAGUGCACAAGAACAUUAUGUCCAUACGAUAACUCCAGUGUCUCCAAGGCCUGUUGCUUGUCCCAUCCACAAGAAGGAACUGGUCAACUGCUACUGUCUGACAUGUGAUCAGCUGAUAUGCAAACUGUGUCGACCCUUUCAUCUCAGGCAUUUGCUGCAGGAUGCCCAGGAGGCAGUGGGCAGGCAGAGGAAGCAGAUCCAGAGGAUGGCCCAGAAAGUUCAGCAGAAGAGGCUGACUGUUCAGAAGAAUCGAUCUGAUUUAGAGAAAAGACUGUCAGAUUUGGAGGAUCUUCAAGCACGGGUAAGGCUAGAAGUGAAGGAGACGGUGGUCAGACUCUGCAAUGUGAUAGUCAAGAAAGCAGCCAAACUCAACAAAGAGAUGAAGGACCUGUGCGGGAAGGAGAGGGAGAACCUAUCAGAGAGAAGGUCAUUCCUUCAGAGACUGGAGGAGAAGCUCGACCAUGUGUUGGCCUUCACAGAUAAAGCUGUAGCUUGCCAACACCACACUGUCCUACUGUCCUGCAAAAGACAGGUUCACCAUCAGCUUCAGGAACUGUUGGGUCAAGUGGUUUCUCCCACAGCCAGUGUAAUGGAACUCUCCUUUCAUACCAAUGAGGACAAAGUUAAGAAAGUUCUCAAGACCUUUGGAUGCAUCAUAGCCAGAGAGGUUCCAUUUAGCUGCUGCAACACUGGGAACGCUCCAAGCCCAUCUCCAGACCAUCUCACUCCUAACUAUAGCCUCAGUACACCAACUGUGACCUCUCAAAAACCCUCGGACCCUACCACCACUGUUCUUUCUUCGCUUCCCUCGGUCAGCCUGCCACAGCAAAACCCACAGGCCUCAAAAAAACACUCUGAGGGCAUUCAUUUUAAGAAGACCACCAGCGUUCCUGCCCCUGUUAGCUUCUCCUUUUCUUCUUCAUGGAAUGACAUGUACUAUAAUUUUCCCAACCUGAAGCGAGCAUGGUCUUACCACCCCUACCAUCCUAGGGACCCUCCCCAGUUUGCCCAAAGUUCUGUCAAAUCUAUCUCGCCUCAAAAUCAAAUAAAGGAGCUCGUUCCAUCGAGCAGAGCCACUCCACCCCAGCUUACCAUGCCUGCUUUUUCAUUCCUGCAUGCUUCAGCACCUGUAACAUCAGUAUCUGUGAAAGAGACAUCUGCACCCAUCUCUACAGCCUCUAGCACCAAACAAACGUCUUGCGAACAAAUCGGUGGUGUUUCUGUAGGAGGCCACCAAAGUAAAGGCUUCUUCAAUAUGGAUUUGCUAGGAAGACAGCAGUUACCUCCAAGGCAGAGGACUGCUAAACUUUCUCCCUCUGAAAAAGUCACAGAAAUUAUUUCUAAUGUUAGUCUUUUGCCUGUUGUGCAAGCCACAGAUGCUUCUAUGGCUCUGGCAGUGCCCUUUAGUGGCAGCCAGAAGAACACAAAGGAAAAGGAGCCCACAUUUACUUUGCCUGACAUACAUGCUAGAGGCCUGUUAGUCAGUAAGGGCAAAGACUUCAAUGGAUCGAAUCAAGCAGAAGACAGACAGACAUCUUUUCAGACUGCCAAAGGAAGCCCAUUCUAUCCCUGUGACCCUCCAAAUGGAUCUGGAGUCGCUCUACAGAAACACAGCCCUGUUUCUGCCACUGUUGCACCAUUCCUUGUGUUGAGCAGCUGUUCUGUUCACAGUCAUGCACCCUCACUGCCAAAUAAUAUGUUAUCAGGAACUGUUAACCCCACAGUUUGGUCACCUGCUCUUCAGUUGCCUUUGCCCAGUUGCAAAGACAGCACUGCAGUCAGUUCACAUAAGGACACCACCACAGUACAGAAAUGUGAGGGGACUUUAAACAUUACAGUGCCAGAAACUUCCCCGUUAAUAAGUGCAACUGAGGAUCUAUGUUCUCUCUCAGGAGCGAAUGUUAGCCUGCCAGUGGUUGAGUCCAGAGCCAGCGAAAGGAGCACACAGACGUGUGUGUUCAAGCAUGAGCAAGAAAACACUGACAAUAACACAAUGACCAUCAAAGCUGAAAUAAAUGACUUGCAGCUCAAAACUAUGAAAAACUUUCCCCAGAUGAGGCUCACUGUUAAAGAAAAAUUGGAGCCCGUAGAGGAAAACCUGGCAUUUACUGAGCUCAAAAAGACUUACUCCUCCACUCUGAAGGGGGAAGAUAAAGAGGGUGGCAAAACUACAAAAAUCAGAGAUGGUCAAGGCAAUCUUGUAGAUCUGGAGUCACUGGGAAGGGAUUGGCUGCCUGAUGUGUCAGUCAGCCGUUUGCCUAUUCCUGAUUUUCCAUCUUCUUUUCCUGCACCUGCUUUCCGUGUCACAUGGAGCAAAGAAAGCAACAGCUUCCAGCUCAGUGUGAUCAAGGAAGAUGACCAGUGUCCUGCACCAGAUCCCAUUUCUACGCCCAAUUAUUCAAACUCCUCUCACCCCCUGCUGGUCAGUAAGCUGCACUGCGCUGCCUGCAGGAUCAGAGGGAAACUCUUCCAGUGCAACGUGUGCCAACGAGCGUUCCACAGAGAGUGUCACCUACCACCGGUCUUAGCAACUGAUGGGGAGCAGUGGCAAUGCAUGCUGUGCACGGUUCUGUCCCACUCUGAAAGUGCUGAGCUCUACCCGGAUUCCGAUGGCCCGCCAUCACAGUGUCUCAAUCUGCGUGAUCAGAAAAAAUGUGAGUACCUGCUGUUGUCUCUCAGCUGUAAUAAGCAAAGCUCAGUGCUCUACAGGCCAGUUAAGCUCUCCUCUCCGACUUCUCGCUACAUUGACAUGACUCUGGUCCGAGGCCGUCUGCUGCAGAAGCUGACCCCUCCUUAUCUUACGCCUGGAGAGUUUGUUUCUGAUGUGUGGCUUCUCCUCCACACGCUGCUGAAUUCCUCAAAGGAGGUGCAGCCCGUGAAACGACUCCAGCAGUUUUUCUCUAAGGAGCUGAUGAAGGUUUUUGGACAGAGCCUGCAUCCCUCACUACUGAAUGACCCUUUUACUGGAAACCUAGAGGAAGGCAGGGAUAGUAAGACAGACGCAUAUAAGGCAAAGAAACCAAGUGGAUUCUUGUGGAGAGACAAGAUCAAGAACAUUGACCUUUAGCUAAAUGUCAUGUUACACAUUGUGACCACAGAUUAUUUUUCUCCCUGAUUAAUUUAUAAAUCACGUAAAGUGGGAAAAGUGUGCUUUGUGUUGUUCUUUUUCACGUUAAGAAGGAAGCUUUGUUCACAAACCACUAGUGCAGUUAAUUCUGUAGUUUUGAACGCUUGAUCAGUGAUGUUUUACUAAAAG